UGAGGCUUGUCCACGCCUGAAAACUCCGCCUAAAGAAAUAAGAGCCAAAGGUUUCGUCACGACAUUAGCUUACCUCAAACGUCUGCUCACAGGUUCAGUUUCUUGUCAGAGAACAAAGUUAAUGUUGGUAGGCCUUGGCGGAGCAGGUAAAACUAGGUCAGUUUAAAAUUUAAAGGUGUACCAACAGAUUUAACUAGAUUUGUCCCGUAAAUAUUAGUUUUUAUGUUUUUAAUACCUGGCCACUCUGAGAAUAAAUUCCUCUCUCUCUCUCUCUCUCUCUCUCUCUCUUUAUAUAUAUAUAUAUAUACACAUACACAUUUAUAUAUAUAUGUAUAAUUUUAAAAAUCAGGCUCUCUUUUUGUAUUAUGUUUUUGAGUUUAAAAUUGGGAGACAUCAUUUUAAAAAUCUUUCAUUUUUAUUAAAUGUUCUUGAAGUUAUAAUUAAUUUGGUUAAAACUGUUUCUCUCUACCCAUUUCUUGGUUAACUCUCUGUGAACAGUCUUGUCAAAGCAUUACUCAGUGACAAUAAGAAAACUCCACUAAACUUAGGAGAUGCAAUAACAGAUGGUAAGUUUUUUAAAUUUAAACCCAUCAAAGAAUUAUAAGAAAAUUUUCCUAUCACAAUGGAAUGUUUUAUUAAACUAUAAAAAAAGGACUUAUAAUAAUUAUCAUGCGGCAUAUUUAUUUGAGGUUAUUUUUACAUUGACAGGUAUUGACAUCUGUCCAUGGACUGUCAAAACUAAAGAAGGGGAAAUAACUUACAGUGUUUGGGACUUUGCUGGACAGACAGUUUAUUAUAAUACUCACCAGGUAUGAAAUGUUAUAUCUGCUUUCUUUACCUAUAUCACACUGGCAGGUAAGAUAUUCAACUUUGAAAAAAUCUAUAAUUUAUCAUUCUCUCAAUACAUUUGAAUUACACUAGUUUUGUUCUCCGUCUCUGGCAGUUUUUCCUCUCAGACCGAGCUGUUUACCUUUUGCUGUGGAACAUUCGACUGGGUCAUGAGCAUGCAGGGCUACAUUUUUGGCUCAGUUCCAUAUCAGUCCAUGCGCCAAAGGCUCCCAUUUUUGUUGUUGGGACACACCUAGACCAGGUAACUUAUACAUAUCUAUGUCAGGUAAAUUGUUUUAAUUUAAGACAUUGUCGUUUUUUUAUAUUUUCAAGACAAAAUUCUGACAUUAAUCUUUAUAGUCAGUGAAUGUUGUAAAAAUCUUUUAAAUUUGAUGCAUUGGUCAUGUGUAUUUUGGAUGUCACUUUGUCAAAUUGUUAUCAUGUGAAGAGAUGUUUAAGCUGAGCAAAGACUUCAUUCUAUAAAGUUAUACAGAAAAUAUUGAACUUGAAUCUGUCAAAAAUAAAUGGUCAUAAAUAAUAAAUGUAUAGUGAAUUUAAAUUGAUUUUAUAGAUGUUGUAGACUUAGUACAUUUGGGCUAGAUUUAAGUUUUGCCCAUAAGUGAUUGGCAAAAUACUAUGACAGCCUUACAUUAGUUUCAAUUUUCAUGUUCAGAUGUCCAAAGUGGAGCUACCUUUGAUAGAAAUGGAGAAAAAAUAUCCCCAGAUUCGUGGCUUUCACUUCAUAUCUUCUCACACCGGUCAGGUAAUAUUAAACUAAACAUAAAAUAAUAAGAUGAUGAUGUGUAAGUUUUAUUAAUUUAAAAUAAAAUAAGUCUUAUUUAAAAUUGUUUAAAGAAAAAACUUAAAGGAUAAUUAAAAUCAAUUUAUGGCAUUUUCUGUUUCCUUCUGUGUUAAAAAAAUAUAAAAACUUCUAGGGCAUUCAAGAACUACAAGAGCAACUGAUUGAGGUAACUCUACAACAACAGUACAUGGGGGAGAAAAUUCCUGGAGUCUGGCUCAGUUUUGAGGAGUCCAUCAAGAGGUGCAAACAAGAAAAAAUAUUUUGUCUAAAACAUUUCAUCAAAAGUUUAAUCUUAUUUUAUUUAACUCCAUGCUGCCCUGCAGCAUUUAAUUUGAGAAAUCCAAAAUGGUUGGUGAUUAUAUUAUUGGGUAAGAAGAUGAGAAAAUCAGUCCCGCCAGCUUACCAAGGGAAAGAAUAAAACUCUAAACUAAAAGCAAAAUAUUGUUCCACUGCUGAAUGCAAAUUGUAUGAUGUAAUACUCAUGACAUCUGUUGGCUAGUUGAAAUGUUAAUUCUAUUGCUUUAAAACAAGUUUAGUUUACUUAGGAAAUAUAAGCAGUUAUUAUGCGCUGUGUUGUCUAAUUAGCAACUUAAAACAGAGAGAAAGUUGUAUUCCCAGCAUGCAGGACAAAAGUGUUAUUGAGUACAAGGAACUGGAAAAUAAAGCUUACAGAUCAGGAAUAUUUGAUGCUACAGAGGUUUGUAGCUUAACUUGGAUAUAAUUAUUUGGAGAAGUGACAAACAUGGUUGUGUUAUAAUUUCUUCUGAAGCACAAAAUGAUUUAAAACUCUUAUUAUGAUAAACUAUAGCUGCCUUUCUUUUUUAGGUUACUUUUGAUGUAUCUGAAAUGCUAGAAAUAUUGCAAUGUUUUUAAAAAAAAAAAAAUAAUAAAAAAUUUAAAUGUAAAAAGAUAUUUUUAAAAUAAGAAGAUAAAGGUCUCAGCACCGAAGUUAUCUUCACCUCUCCUCCAUCCUGCAGUUUUUAUUUAAUACUGAAAAGAUUUUUAUUCUGAUUUAUUUAAGUUAUUUAAAUAAUAUUAAAAGAAUUUUUUUACAAUUACAUAACUGUUAAAUUAUGAAUGGAAAAAUAGCAUGAAAUAUAUUUCGACAGCGUAAAAGAACAAUUGGCAAGGCCUUAAAAAAAACCCUGGGCUCUUACAAUUUAUUUCUUCACCUUUUUUUUUUUGUAAACAUUUGUUGAUCUAAAUCAGUGUUUCCCAACCUUUUUGGUGCCAUGCCCCACCUAAGCCUUUCUAAAAUUCGUAUGCCCCCUAUUUAGUAUACACAUAAUCUUUAAUAUUCAAAAUCUAAAUUAUUUUCAACACUUCGAGUCUAACAAUUCUCCUUUAAAAUUAUUGAGACUCUAACUAUUCUCCUUUUAAAAUACAAGUUGAAUCGUAGACAUCUUUUUUUUUUUUUCAAGUUGCCCCACUAAACAAUAAAAUUGCGUAGUUGAAAAACACUGAUCUAAAUAGUUCAUUAUCCGUGUAAAUUCACUGUUCAGUUUUUUAAAAUUAUAUACUUAUAUCAUUUGUUUUUUGGGUGUUUUUGUUAUUUUCUUCCAUUUCAUCUUUAACUUUGCCCUGUCUUGUGACCUCUAACUUUAAUCAAAUGCAAUGCUAUUGAGUUAUCUUAAACAUUCAUCCUGAAUGCCUAGGUUGCUCAUGCUGUUCAAUUUCUUCAUGAACUUGGAUCCCUUCAACACUUCACCAAUGCCAACCUCAGGUCACAUGUUGUGGUUAAUCCACAGUGGAUAGUGGAUGUCAUGGCUUGUGUGGUAUCUGUCAAGGACUCUCAUAUAAAGGCAAUUUAGAUCUUUCCAAUCAGCAUACAAUAAUAGAUUUCUAAUUUUAUAUUUCUGUUGAAUAAAACCAUGACUUCAAUACGAUUUAAAGGAAGUUUUUCACAGAAUGCUCCAAAUCAGCUCAAUUCACCCUCGGAAAAAGUCAUUAAGAGUAAAUUUCAAUUUUAAAUGAAUUUAUUUUGGAUCUCGUUCCUGAGGAGGAAAUGCAAAUACAAUAAGUAAAUGUAAAAUAAAAAAACAUUCAGAAUUAAGUUACUUAACCAUUUUCAUUGUGUUGAGAUCUCUUGACAUCCCCGUAAUUCAUUAAAUACUAAAAAAAAAUGUUGAUAAAAUACAACUUUAAUAUAUAUUUUAUUAACUUUAUUUUAUAUAUAUUUAUAUAUAUCUAUAUCUAUAAAUAUAAUAUAUAUAUUAUAUAUUACAUAUAUAUUAUAUAUUACAUAUAUAUUAUAUAUUACAUAUAUAUAAUAUUUUAAAAAGAGAAAAGAAUCAAAAACAUUAAAAUACCCUUACUGUCCUGUCACUUUUCUAGGAUGGAAAGCUUCACCACUCAGAUGUUGCGAAAGUUUGGAAGGACUAUGACUCAUCGCUACACAAAUGGCUGCUGAUGCUUACCGAAGAAUUUGACCUGACCUUUCCUCUCAAGGACGUCCCUAUACACCUGGUGCCCUGUCUACUUCCUGAAAU